GAGACCGCCGCGAGCUAGCUAUACAAGCCUACAAACAGCAUGGAAGCUACCGUUGCACGCUUGCACUGCCGAGCCCGUCGCAGGUAGGUUCAGUGCCCGGCCGGCUGCCCGGUGACGAGAGACAUGGGGCCGGGGUUCGUCGGCGGCAAGCUGCAGCAGGGCGGCCACGCGGUGAGCUUCCUCCUCGGCGCGGCGCUGCCCACCGCCCUCCUCUUCCUCCUCGCGUCCGACCGCCUCGGCGAGGGCUUGUCCACCAUCUCGACGAGCUGGCGGGGGAACGGGACGACGACGGCCGCGCUGCAGGUUGCCGAUACUCCCACCGCCGCCGAUGACCGCCCCGCCCCUGCGCAAGAUCACGAGGUGGAGUUCGCGGGCCUCGCUGAGCUGCUUCGGAAAGUGGCGACGGAGGACCGGACGGUGAUAAUGACGUCGGUGAACGAGGUCUGGACGCGGCCCAACUCCCUGCUGGACAUCUUCCUCGGCGGCUUCAGGGACGGCGAGGGCAUAGCGCACCUCGUCAACCACGUCCUCAUCGUCACCGUCGACGCCGGCUCGUUCCGCGGCUGCAAGGCCGUGCACCCACACUGCUACCUCCUGGAGGUGAGGUCCAUGGACAUGAACAGGGCCAAGACGUUCGGGACCAGGGAGUACGUCGAGAUGAUCUGGCUCAAGCUCUCGAUCCAGCAGCGCGUCCUCGAGCUCGGCUACAACUUCCUCUUCACGGACGCCGAUAUCCUAUGGCUUCGCAACCCGUUCCAGCACAUCUCCGUCUACGCCGACAUGAGCUGCUCGCUGGACAACUCCAAGAUGGCGCCCGCCCUCCUGGACUGCGAGAACAACGUCGGGUUCUACUACAUGAAGUCGACGAACCGGAGCGUCGCGAUGAUCAAGUACUGGCGGGCGGCGAGGGCGAGGUUCGACGGCAACCCGAUCGAGCAGGUGGUGUUCAACACGAUCAAGCACGAGCUCAUCAGCGACCUCGGGGCCAGGAUCCAGCCGCUGGAGACGGAGUACAUCAGCGGCUUCUGCGACUUCCAGGAGCGGCUGGACAAGGUCUGCACCGUGCACGCCAACUGCUGCAUGGGGCUGAACAACAAGGUGAAUGACCUCAGGAACGUCGCCGCGGAUUGGAAGAAUUACACCAGCCUGCCGCCGGAGGUGAGGAAGAAGGGGAGUAUUAAAGUGACGCCGCCGAGCAAGUGCCGGAAGUCCAUGGGAUGGACCUAAUCUAUGAGGGAGACUCUCUUAAAAAAAAAACUUUUUUUUUUGAAAGAGAGAGGGAGACGCGUUAGAUAGUGGAAGUUUCAGGUUUGCAGUUCGAUUGAUCGCUGCUGUGUACACUUGUAAUAUGAGCUCGAGCUCUGAAUAAAUAGGAGUAUGCGAUCGAGGUUGGAACUUGGAAGCAUAUUGGCAGCUUGUUAUCCUCUGUGAUGAAGCCCGAGAAUGUGCGGCAGAGUGUUUUCUGAAA